CACCCUCAGACGACGUAGCCAUCAUGCUCGCCUCGUCCAGGACCGCAUUGCGUCAAGCUGCGUCGAAGCAGUUCUCCGUCAAGGCUGGAGUUAGAACCGUCUCUGCGUGGUCGAACGUCCCCCAGGGUCCUCCAGAUGCCAUCCUUGGUAUCACCGAAGCAUUCAAGGCCGACAGCAACUCUGAGAAGAUCAACUUGGGCGUCGGCGCGUACCGAGACGACAAGGGCAAGCCCUUCGUUCUGCCCUCAGUGAGGCAGGCAGAGAAGAAGAUCGUGGACUCUGCGCUGGAUAAGGAGUAUGCUGGCAUCACGGGUGUUCCUGCGUUCACGAAGGCUGCACUGCAGCUGGCAUACGGCCCUAACUCGGCGCCUAUCAAGGAGGACCGAGUGGCCAUCACUCAGUCUAUCUCCGGCACCGGCGCUCUGCGCAUCGGUGGCGCCUUCCUCGAGCGUUUCUACCCCGGCGCAAAGUCCAUCUACAUCCCCACACCGUCAUGGGCAAACCACAAUGCUGUCUUCAAGGACUCUGGGCUGAAGGUCGAGAAGUAUCGGUACUACAACAAGGACACCAUUGGCCUUGACUUUGAGGGCAUGGUUGCAGAUAUCAAGGCCAUGCCCAAGGGCAGCAUAGUGCUGCUCCACGCCUGCGCACACAACCCGACUGGCGUUGACCCCACGGAGGAGCAGUGGCUGGAGAUUGCCAAUGCAGUCAAGGAGGGCGAGCACUUCCCCUUCUUCGACAUGGCAUACCAAGGCUUUGCCAGCGGUGACACUGACAAGGAUGCCUUUGCUCUGCGGCACUUCAUCAAGGAGGGUCUACGUCCGGUUCUCGCCCAGAGCUUCGCAAAGAACAUGGGUCUUUAUGGCGAGCGAGUUGGCGCCUUCUCCGUCGUCUGCGAGUCGGCCGAGGAGAAGAAGCGGGUCGACUCGCAGAUCAAAAUUCUUGUGCGACCGCUCUACUCCAACCCUCCGAUCCAUGGCGCCCGUAUCGCUUCCGAGAUCCUGAACGACCCGGCUCUGAACAAGCAAUGGCUCGGCGAGGUCAAGGACAUGGCUGACCGCAUCAUCACCAUGCGCGCCCUCCUGAAGGAGAAACUCGAGAAGCUUGGGAGCAAGCAUGAUUGGAGCCACAUCACCUCCCAGAUCGGUAUGUUCGCAUACACCGGUCUUAAGCCUGAGCAAAUGGAGGUUCUGGCCAAAGAGCAUUCCGUGUACGCUACCAAGGACGGCAGAAUCUCAGUCGCAGGUAUCACCAGCGGUAACGUCAAGCGCCUCGCCAAAGCCAUCUACAAGGUCACUGGAUAAAUGUCCUGAGGACGGCACGGUCUUGUCUUGCUCCGAUUCGCACUGCGUUGGCAUGGCAUGGCGUAGCGUGCACUGUAUACCACACUGUUCAAGUACGCAUACAGACGACUGCGGUUAGACUGUACAUGUAGACGGCGGCCCAAAAUUUGACGCAUCUUCGCUACCGCUAUCGUUCCUCUAUCCAGCUGGCGGAACUGAACUGUUCCCAUGACUCAAAAGUGGACUGCAGGGCAGUGUAGCAGUAGCUGUGCCGACUGCCGUCUGGCUCUGCACAUCCUUUGCCUACAUCCUGCCCCAUUGGUCAUAAUUUUUCUCAUCAAUGUGACGAUAAUCCUUGCCUGUUCGGGUAUAUUCGUGCAUCGUUGCGGGUCCUAGCUCUAGCGUUCCAGGGUCCUCCCGCUUAGACCUACCGCUCGUGUGCCAAAAGGAAGUGCGCGG